GCCCGUCCCGUACCCGUACCCUCCGUGGCCUGAAUGUUGUGCAUUUUGGACGCAAGUUACUUUAUAUAAAUAUGGCGAAAUGUUGAAGAAGUGAUCCGGCAAGUCCUCCAGCAGAGAACACAGAAUCGUUGGGUUCCUUUCUUCGCAGCGAAGUCAGCGUUAGGAUUGUUUUCAACUGUCAAAACGAGCCCCAUUCAAAAUAAUCAUGAAAACCUAAUACAGUUGCAUUUGGCUAACGUGUGCCAUUCAUUCAUUUAAUCGGCACACAAAUUAAAAGAACAGGAUCAUGGCUUGUAUCAGAACCAUAGCUAUUUUGUUGAUGCUUGUAUUCUUUGCUCAAGGCUUUCAUACUGCCAAUGAGCAGAGGCAGCAUAUUUGUGCUUUCUAUUCUGAGAAGAGCUUAGUCAACAGCAAUGGCUUAUCAAGUGAUGAUGCUGCAGAAGAUUAUGGCAGUAGAGAAAUUGAGGGGACAGCUGAUCCACAACAUGUAAUGUGUCAAAGUUCAUGUUAUACGGUUUUCAAUACUGAUCCAGUUACCAAUGGAACAAAAAUAAUUAAGCAAGGGUGCUGGGACCCUUCAGACAAACAUGACUGUGCUGGUGCUGCGUGUGUAUCAGAGAGAAACCACCAUCAUAAGAAAUCAAAUACUCGGUUUUGUUGUUGCCUUGGAGACCUGUGCAACACGAACAUAACUGAUUCUUUUUUGGAUGACGAUUCUGAGGAAUCUGAAAAUCUUCAAGAUACACCUUUGAAAGCUGCUCAUGAGUCUGGAAGAGCGAAUUUGGUUCUGUGGAUGAGUGUUCUGGUUACCUUUAGUGUGGGAUCUUUAGUCCUCGUUGCCCUGUACUGCUUUUGGCAUGGCGGGAUGCAUCGUCCUCAAAAACCUGAGCAAGACUCUUUAAAGCUCAUGGAGAAUGGACAUGGACCUGGACAAGGAUAUGGGCAAAUCAUGGGCUCAUACACUGGAGAUAAGAUAAAGUUCUUAAAUGUUAUAGGCCAAGGUCGAUAUGGUUGUGUUUGGCGGGCAACGGUUGGUGAACAUGAGGUGGCUGUAAAGGUGUUUCCUCCACAUUAUCGAUCUUACUUUCUAAAUGAAAAAGAUAUUUACUGCUUACCAUUCAUGUCCGAAUGUCGAUCUCUCCUUACCUAUUAUGGUUGUGAUGAAAGACCAAGUAUGGAUGGGAGCCCUGAGUAUCUACUUGUUCUCUCACAUUCUUCUAAUGGCUGCCUGCAAGAUUACUUGCGUUCCAACACAGUUGACUGGCCAACAUUUUGCCGUAUGGCUUUAUCGAUUGCUAAAGGGCUGGCACAUCUUCACACUGACAUGCGGAAAGGAGACAAAGAGAAGCCAUGUGUUAGCCAUAGAGAUUUGAACACCAGAAAUAUAUUAGUGAACUCUGAUCUUUCUUGCUCUCUAUGUGAUCUUGGAUUUGCUAUGAAGAUUGUGGGUUCCAAGUAUUAUCAAAAUGGGGAAGAACAACAUGCAGAGACGAAAUCUAUUAAUGAUGUGGGAACUUUAAGGUAUAUGGCACCAGAGGUAUUGGAGGGUGCUGUUAAUUUAAGAGACUGUGAAUCAUCGCUCAAGCAGAUUGAUGUGUACGCCCUGGCUUUGGUUGUUUGGGAGCUAGCUUGCCGAUGUUCUGAUUUGUACCAAAUGGGAUCUGAAGCACCACCAUACAUGAUGCCAUUUGAAUCUGAAAUAGGACAUCAUCCAACAUUUGAGCAAAUGCAGGUCUUAGUCGUGCGUCACAAAGCCAGGCCUCUAUUUCCUGAAACAUGGAAAGAUUGGACCGCUGUAAGAUUGAUACGAGAGACAAUGGAAGAUUGUUGGGAUCAGGAUGCUGAGGCAAGAUUGACAGCUCUAUGUGUUGAAGAACGAUUUCUCGAAUUGCCAGCUCUAUGGGAUCGUCAACGAUCAUGCUUGUUCACAUCUGGUCUUAGUCCUACUCUGAACCCAACUCAAGGGAUGCCUAUCAACCGAGGUAUAAACAAUUCCAUUACUAAUAACACAAACAGCUCUGGCGAUAUGCUUAGAUUUAUUGUGGAUACUACUGAUGAUACAGGUGGCUCAAACCGGUCGACUUCUAAAGAUACUCAAGAAUCUACAGUAUCAGAAGGAACUGUGGAAACAUUAUUAACACUCUCUCCCUCAGAACCUCCAGAGUACAUGCUAAACAAAAAUUGGCCCAAAGGACCUCUUCAGCCCUACCAAGGAAGAAAUCCAUGUAUGGAACGUAAUUUAAUGCCCACAGCAGCAUCAGAGGAGGAGUUGAGCCAACAAGAGAGUGUUCUGGUGGAUCGUUCCUCGAAGCACACUCCUCAAGGACACUUUCGGUCUGGGAGCAGUUGCACUGAUACUCAAGCACUAGUUCCCAAUGAUUUUCUCAAUCAUAACCAGCAGCAGCAGCAGCCACAGCAUUCUCAGUUGAAUACAAGCUCUAACUUGCGCCCUAUCACACCUAUUCCAUAUGUUCAGAAUGUUGUUUACAACUCACGGCCAGUGAAUGUUGAUGAGACUUCCUCAAAAAACACAAUUUUCUCAUCGUGGACUGGUGGUAUCCGCAAAUGGUUUGAAUCCAAGAAAAAAGGGCCCCAUGGCUUGAAGGAUGAAUCUUGGAAGGGGAAUAGCCAGGAAGGACCUGAUGGGAGACUAAAUCUUCUUCCUGGGAGAGAGACUCAAGUCCUGCUCAAUAGACCUACUGGAGUAAUAACCACAUUCCUGGAUGAAGAUGGAAACAAGAAUGAGCCUGAGACAAGCCAAUCACCAGUCAAUCCUGUUGCGGGCAGCCCAGCUCUGAGGCCAACUACUCUUUCUUUGUCACGUACUAAGGGACACUCUAGUGGGAGCAUAAGCAAGAAAAGGCUUAGUGUUGAAUGUCAAGAUUUGUUUGCAAGCUCUUCAAUGGAUUGGAAGCUUAAAGAUCCUACUUUGAGAGUUAAAACACCAGGGGAUGUACCUGCUUCAGUGAGGAGAAACAGAGGCAGAGGUUUUGCCACAAGAUUUUCACUGUAUGAUGAUCGCAUAAUGGGUGGUGAUCCGGCCCUUUCUAAUUCCUCUCAGCGUUUAGAUUUUAGUGAAUUGGAAAAAGAUGGUGUUUUAGAAGUAUGCAUACCUUCAAUGUUUUCAUCAGUACCAUAUCAAAUUAACACAGUGUCAGAGGUAAAGGAUUCAUUAUUCUGAGCCCUUCUAAUAACUCUUUGUUACUUCGGAAUCAGCAGUCCCUGUUCCCUGCCUUGAUAAUCAUUUAGUUCAAUAGAUAUCCUUAGUUUAGUAGCACCCUCUUAUUUCAUAAAGGAUUGACGACUGUAAACUAGGAAGGUAAGUGCAAUACAGUACCAGUUUCCUGUGCACACUUAGACUUGUAAAUGUGUACAACUACGUAGUUAUUUUUAGUGUAAGUGGAGUACAUUAAGUGCAAUACAAAUUUGAUACAUCACUGUAAAACAAUUU